AUGGAUAUUGGUCUUACUGAUCCGUGGAUCACGCUUACCAUUAAAGCUCCAAACCAGCAGAUCAAUGAUCAAACCAUAAAAUGUAAACUAGAUUGGUCAGUGGCAAAACUCAAAGGUUACAUACAUGAAACUUAUCCAAAUAAACCAAAAACUGAAGAUCAGAGAAUAAUAUAUUCUGGUCAACUUUUAACUGAUAGUGUUAUUUUAAAAGAUAUUUUAAGGCCAUAUGAUGAAGAUGGGCAGCUCAAUCGUACUGUUCAUUUAGUAUGUGCUUCUUCAUCCUGUUGUAUUCCACCUAAAGAAAAACUCAAAAAUGAGCAAAAUGUUAAUGAAGUACUUAAUAAAUGCCCUAAAUUUAAUGAAGUUAACUAUGGUGCUAGUACUUCUGGAAUUAAUAGUUCUGCUGAUCCCAAUCAAGAAGCUAGUACAUCAAAUAAACAGAAAGAUACCAAAAAUACACAAAACCAACCUCAAUCCACUGCCAAUAAUAAUGUUAACCAUAUUCCAUUGUUACCUGAACAAAUAGCUUAUGAACAAAUAUUGUGGUUGAAUAAAAUGUAUGCUAUCCAAAUGGCACAAUAUUGGCAAUCUGUAGCUUCAAGUUUAGAAACUCCUAAAGAACCAAAUACUGAUGAUAUUAAUGACGAAUCACCUGAAGAUUUACCACCAAAUAAUAAUAAUGAUAAUAUUCCACCAGCCAACCAAAACGGUAUACCUGAAAAUAAUGAAAACAGAAAUGUGCGAGAUGCUAAUGGACAUAAUCCAGAUUGGUUAGACUGGUUAUAUGUCUCUAGUAGAGUAUUUAUAUUUAUUAGUGUACUCUAUUUUUACUCAUCUCCUGGUCGAUUUAUUGUUGUUGCUGGUUUUGCACUUCUUUUAUAUUUAUAUCAAAGUGGAAUUUUGAGACACAUUAAUGAACAUAACAGAAGAAGGUUUCAACCUCAACCACAAGAACAGCAAAUAGAUGAUAAUAGAAAUUUAUCACAAGAGCAGAAUGGAAAUAUUGAUGAUGCAGCUGUAAGGCAAAAUGAACAUCUAAUUACCACUAUUUGGACUGUGAUAAGUACUUUUUUUACUUCCCUUAUACCCCAACAACCAGAUAUAAUAUAAUACAUAAGAAAAACCUUGUAUAUAAUAAAAUAUAU